CAUGUGGAAUCCAGUGUUAUGAAUGUGUUCACAAUAAUCAACGUGUGAAGCGCCACAAUCGUUUUGUUUACCCAUGUGCAGAGUUUGAUGGCUCAGUACGCUACAUAAUGAACUGCCCAGACUCAAGACUCUGUAUAUAUCAGCGGAUAACACUUACACUCUCAUCAGAGAAUGUGGUGGUGACCACCAUGGACGGCUGCACACCCAACAUUACUGAUAACGCUCGCUAUGCUGAGGCUGGUCUAGUCAAAGAAGGAUGUAUAGAACACAAGAGUGCAUACAAGCCACCAUCUUCAGAGUAUUGUUACUGUGGGUAUAACCUCUGCAACAAUGCCUCCUCUAGUCAUCACUCAUUACCAAUAUUAUUCACUAUAGUCUUUAUUACGAUUUUCCUUCACUGCACUCACUGGAAAAGUUUAUCUUGACAGCAUUGUUACUGUAGGAAUUGUAUAUGUUUAAUUCAGUUACUAAAAAAUAUAAAUUUGGUCAGUUAUGCAUGAUAUAGUAUUGCAGUUAUGUACUUCUGAAAGAAAUGUUUUUAUCUAAUACUUGUUUUACUGUUUAUUUAUGUUGUAACAUAGUUUUAUAAAACAAGAUUUAUUGGAUUCACAUCAUAUAUGUAUUAAAGUCAUUCCACUUUAGUUAUAUAAUAUAAGCAUGAAAAAUGUAAAUAUAAUGUACUGUAUGAUGUUGUGAAAGCUCUUUCAUUACCCAAUAAAAAUUAGUCAUAAUUAAUAAAAAAUACUCUAUCAAAAAUAAUGGCUUUCUUUUGGAAUAUGUACACCUAACUUCUAGCAAUAUCAAGAAUUACCCCAAGGUAUCUAGGUACUAUUCUCCUUGGGGAAGUGGAACAAAAUUCUUCCUUUGUAAGCCAUGCAUGUCGUAAGGGGCGACUAAAAUGCCAGGAGCAAGGGGCUAGUAACCCCUUCUCCUGUGUACACUACUAAAGUUAAAGAGAGAGACUUGAAUUUUUAUUUUUGGGCCACCCUGUCUCAGUGGGAUACAGCCAGUUUGUUGAAAGAAGAAGAUCUAGGUGUAUAUUUUAUUACUCCCUGGGUUCAAUUUUAACCCUUUCAGGGUCCGUCCCGUAGAUCUACAGCUUUACGUUCAGGGUCCAAACUGUAGAUCUACGCCAAAAUUCUAGUGGCGUCAAAUUUAGCUCGAGAAGGCUGGUAGGCCUACAUUUGAGAGAAUGGGUCUGGGUGGUCAGUGUGCACACCAUAGAAAAAAAUCUGGACACCCGCAUGGCAUUGUGGGAACACCGGCAAAGUAGCUUUGUUCAUCAUGCCUGGCGGCAAGGAAGCUAUCACUCCCCACUCACUCUCCGGGCGAAUUCUGACUCUCCUUUUCACAACUUACAGUUCUAAGACUGAUGGAAGUGGAGCUAAAGACGAAUUCUAUGGUUUUGAACCAUAUGGUACCAUUGUGCCAUAUGGUACAAUGAACCAUAUGGUAUCAUUGUACUGUAUGGUACAAUGUACCAUAUGGUACCAUUGCACCAUAUGGUACCAUUGUAUCAUAUGAUACCAUUGUACCAAAUGGUGCCAUUGUACCAUAUGGUAGCAU